AAUCUGCUCCGUUUGCGUCGCAACUACUCUCAGUAAUAAAUUGUCUGCUGAGAACGAAAGCUCUGCAUAUGAUGUGGACGAACGCAAGAAUCACAGUUUUUCUGUUCUAGGUUUUCGGAUCUCGGACGACUGAUUGAUUGACGAAGUAAUUUCUGGUUUUGAGUAUUUUUGGAUCUAUAACGACCAUAUCAUCCAUAUACUGUGGAGCCGAUUUUCUGUGCAUCUCUAACGAUAAAGAAGUUUGCAUUUCUCUUAUUUGCUCGAGAAAUAAAGCUGAUUAGGCGUUUGAGUUCAACUUCUCUCAACGAAGAUUCGAAGGAACUUAAGCUCUGUUCAGGGGAUGCAUUGAAGACGGUCAGAAAAACGCAGUUUAAAGGGACUCAAUCUAGAGGAAUUUGGAGCUUCUUCUGAUUAGUAUUCGGACCUCACACCUGAAGUCGGAGAGAAAAGAAAAGAGGCGUUUUUAUUGUUUAAGCCAAGUACACGGUUUCGGCGUUGAUGCGAAUGCUUUUCAAUGCACCAGGCCAGUAAAGAUCGAUAGUUAGGUUUUAAACAAAGCGGGAACACGAUUGGAGUAUCCGCCCAGCGCGUGUAUGUUGGGAGGGUACCUAAGCCUAAGGUCGAGGACAGAGUUGCAGUAGCGGAAGGAAACUCUUUUCAAAAUAAAUGCAGUACACGGUUUCGGCGUUGAUGCGAAUGCUUUUCAAUGCACCAGGCCAGUAAAGAUCGAUAGUUAGGUUUUAAACAAAGCGGGAACACGAUUGGAGUAUCCUCCCAGCGCGUGUAUGUUGGGAGGGUACCUAAGCCUAAGGUCGAGGACAGAGUUGCAGUAGCGGAAGGAAACUCUUUUAACUUAGUAAUCCAGAUUAGUUAUUUUGAGGGUUUCUCAUGGUGAUAUGAUGUCGGAGACAUUGGACAAGCCCUCGUUGCCUGCACGAGAAUUGGAUCCUCUGUUGAAGGAUCUCGACGAGAAGAAGCAGAGUUUCAGGAGGAACGUUGUUUCUUUGGCUGCUGAGUUGAAGGAUGUUCGGAGUCGGCUUGCUUCACAAGAAGAGUCUUUCGCACGAGAAACCCUGUCGAGACGGGUGGCAGAAACAAACGCGAGGAGAAUGGAGGAGGAGAUAUUUCGGUUGCAGAAAAGCUUGGAAGAGAGGGAUGGGCAGCUUCAGGAAUCGACCUCUACAGCACAGCAGUACCUCAAGGAGUUGGAUGAUCUAAGAUUGCAUCUAUCAACCACUCAAGCAACUGCAGAUGCAAGUGCUGCAUCAGCUCAAUCAGCCCAGUUACAGUGUUUGGCCUUAUUAAAAGAAUUAGAUGUCAAAAAUAGUUCACUGAAAGAACACGAGGGCCGCGUCAAUAGGCUAGGAGAACAGCUAGAUCUUCUGCAAAAGGAACUUCAUGCACGGGAGGCUUCUCAGAAGCAGCUGAAGGAUGAAGUUUUGAGAAUUGAGGAGGAGAUUAUGCAAGCAAUCACCAAAGCUAGAGCUAACAAGGAUUCUGAACUGAGAAAAAUCUUAGAUGAGGUUUCUCCAAAGAACUUUGUGAAGAUUAAUAAACAUUUGAAUGCAAAAGAUCAAGAGAUAGCAAAGCUGCAAGAUGAAAUCAGAAUUAUGUCUGCACAUUGGAAAUUAAAAACCAAGGAGCUUGAGUCGCAGUUAGAGAAACAUCGAAGAGCUGAUCAAGAAUUGAAGAAAAGGGUAUUGAAGUUAGAGUUCUGUCUUCAGGAAGCACGCUCUCAGACAAGGAAGCUCCAAAGGAUGGGAGAGAGGAGAGACAAGGCUCUGAAAGAACUCAGGGAUCAGUUGGCUACAAAACAGGGAGAGAAUGCAGUAAACGGCAAACAAAAUUUCUGGGAGAGCUCUGGCUUCAAGAUUGUAGUUUCCAUGUCAAUGUUGAUCCUGGUGGUUUUUGCAAAACGAAGUCAGAACUAUGCGUUUUCCCAUCCUGAAGAUUGCUUGUUGAGCAUCGUGGAAGAUGGAAUGGUGAACCAACUGCUCCAAUGGUGCAAACUGCCAAGACAGGUCACAGGGCGAUCUUUCAUGUAAUUGAUCAAAAUUGUACUCCAUGCGGGUGCAAAACACCACGGAUACUAGUACUGGAAAGGAAAGAGAGCUUAAGAUUCUUUGAUGAUACGCAUC